GAGAUUUUUCCGUCAACAAGCGUUGAGGAAGUUGUUUGCGCCAAUUUUACCUCGCCAAAAGACAUUAAUAUAAUAGUUGCACGUUCAUCUAUAUUACAAAUUUACAAAUUUGUUGAACGAAUUGAGAUUUCAGUAGAAGACGAGGAUAAUGACUUAAGUCAAGAAAUAGAAAAGGAGAAGGAUGAGCUGGCAAUUCUUCCUUUUCGUCAAGAAGAAGCUUUAAAUCUAGACGAAGAGGAAGUUGCAAGUUCUCCAGGAAUUGGUAUUGCUGUUAACGGAUAUGCAAUGUCCACAACAGAUUUUCCACUUGAUCGUUCAUUCGAGCAUUUGGGUCUUGCUUUAGAAGGAUGUCAUUAUGUUUUCUUAGAUAAAGAUGAAAUUUUGAUUUUUUUGCGUAAUGGCGACAUGUACCUAGUAAAAUUGAUAAAGGAUGGAAGAUCGAUAUCUAGGAUUACAAUAGAAAAAGUUGGCACUAAUACGUUACCAUCAUGUGCUUGUCACGUAGCGCCUGGCUAUUUCUUUUUAGGAUCACGACUAGGCGAUUCACAUUUAGUUCAAUAUAAAGCUUCCAAAUCCAAUUAUAUGGCAAAUGGUGCUGUGAAUGAAUUAUAUGAAACUGAUACGACAAGUGGUACAAAUAUUGGAGGCAUAAGCAGCAAAAUAAGUACUAAAUUUCCAACGGCCUUUGAAUACAACUUUACUGUAUGCGACACACUUAUUAAUGUUGGGCCAAUAGUGGAUUUGGCUUAUGGCGAAUUAGCAUUCUCUGAGGAACUUGAGCAUUCUGAUUUUUAUACGGAUGGUCCGACAGUGGCCGUUGGAUCAGUGCUGAAUGGGUCACGUAUAUUACAAAUUUGUGAUGAUACCGAUCUUUUUGCUCUUGUUAAGGACGUUACGCCGUUAGCAUCUCCAAUAGAUAGCAAGGUCAAAAAAACGGAUAAAACGCGACCAGAAAAGACAUCAAUUUUUCAAGAUGAUGAGUUAGACGAUUUAUAUGCUAAUGUAAGCGAAACUCCUGCCAACAUAGAAGAAAAUCCAAAUGCAGAAACUUCUAUGGACGUUGAUAACGAUAAUAUUUAUGAAAAUCGACAAGAGAUCGGGGGUGAGAUAAAUGAACCAAAUCUAAGUGGUUUUGUUGAAAGUGUGAAAUCCGAAAGCUUUUGGUGCGUACUUUAUCGACAAGAUGGUUCUUUGGAGCUUCCUGAAUUUGAGGAGGUCUUUCAUUUCCCGCAUUUUGAUUUGUCACCAGCUGUUCUCAACGAUGUUAUAACAAGACAAAAUAUGAAGGCUUCUGGACAGACUGUGGAAAUUCAAGAAAUUUUGCUAAUAAACAUUGGUCGACGAACAAAGGAUCCAUAUUUAAUUGCACGUUCUAGUGUUGGUGACAUCAUGAUUUACAAAGCCUUUCGAUAUAUACCUGGCACCGACAUAUCAGAUCCUUUCUUAAAGUCACAAUCCCAAGGCGAGUUUACCAAUCGUCUAGCUAUACGAUUUUCGCGUGUUCCUCAGGAGUACAUAUUGCGUGAAACUAUAUACAGUGAUAUCCACGAUAAACCUGUAUCUAGAAGGUCAACUCUUCAAGAAUCGAAUAUUGACGAAGUUGAUCAAACAAAGUUACCGACUGAUUUUCAAUAUGAUAUGGAAUGGACUGUGAAAAAAAUUCAAUUAAAUCGAUCCGUUUAUGGGAUCGAGUAUCAUCCGGAAAUGCAGGUUUACGCAUUGUUAACGUCGGUACCUGUUGAAUUUCUACUGAGAGAUGAAAAUGGUGAACCUUUAGAACUUGAGCGAGAUAGUUCUCAGUUUUUACCUGAAACCCAAAGAUUUACUCUUGAAUUGAUAUCUCCUGUCACUUGGGAAACUGUAGACAGGCAUGACUUCCAUGAUGAUGAACAAGGCCUAUGUAUAAAAUGCGUGAGUCUUCAAACAAAAUCUACUACUAGUGGUCGAAAAUCAUUUAUUGCCAUCGGUACAGGAAUUUUCCGCGGAGAAGACGUUGGCAUGCGGGGAAAUGUUUACGUAUUUGAAAUAAUUGAAGUCGUGCCAGAACCUGAUAAUCCACAAACAAAUCACAAAUUUAAAUUACUAUGUCAUGAAGAAGUGAAAGGUUCUGUUACUGCAAUUUGUGAUGUCAAUGGAUACUUGUUAACGUGUGUCGGACCAAAGAUUUUUAUUCGUGCAUUUGAAGACAAUGAUCGUCUUAUUAGCGUUGCAUUCAUAGAUAUACAAAUUUAUGCUAGUAGUGUAGUAUCGAUCAAAGAUUAUAUACUUUUAGGAGAUGUCUACAAGGGUGUUUGGUUCCUUGGAUUUCAGAAACUCAUUCGUAGAGGUGAUUUUCAUGUUGGCGCGCAAGUAAAAACGAUGUUAUCAUUACCAAAAAAAGAAUUGACAAGAAGGGAACAUUCUAUUGAUCAUGGUAUACCUGUAAUAGAAGAGGAGACCAGUGGGCAUAAACAGCUUUGCUUAUGUGGAACUCUUGAUGGAAGUAUUGGUAUGAUAACCCCAAUACCUGAAAAGAUGUAUAAAAGAAUGCAAUUAUUGCAUUCACAAAUGGUGAAUGGAAUACAGCAUCCGGCAGGUCUUAAUCCUAAGCUUAUGCAAUCGAAACAACGACUAGCCAUUAAUCCAGCUAAAGGGAUUUUGGAUGGAGAUCUGUUAAUUCAGUUUCCAAAUUUAGCAUUACAUAGACAACGAGAAAUGACUAAACAAAUUGGAACAACAGUGGAAAGGAUCUUAGAUGAUUUGUUAGUGUUGCAAGAAUCAUGUGACUAUUUCUAG